GCAGGUGGAUCGUACACGUGUCAAUGUCUUAUUGGGGAGACGUUCACUUUCCUUCAAACGCGUGUUAUAUAUAACAGGCACCUCUCUCUCUCACCAAUCCUCCGUUCCCUACAGUCAACUGCCAUCUCCAGAGGAGAAGUUCAUUUUGAAAUCUGGUUCAAGAUACUAUUUCGAAGUUGAAAGAUGUCUCGUGAAGAUAAUGUAUACAUGGCCAAGUUGGCCGAACAGGCUGAGCGGUACGAGGAAAUGGUUGAAUUUAUGGAGAAGGUUGCCAAGAAUCUUGGUGGUGAUGAGCUCACUGUAGAGGAAAGGAACCUUCUCUCAGUGGCUUACAAGAAUGUGAUUGGUGCUCGGAGGGCUUCAUGGAGAAUCAUCUCUUCCAUUGAGCAGAAGGAAGAGAGUCGCGGGAAUGAAAAUCAUGUGGAUAUCAUCCAGGGAUACCGUGGUAAGAUUGAGGCUGAGCUCAGCAAGAUCUGUGAUGGAAUUUUAAGCCUUCUCGAGAGCCAUCUUGUUCCAUCGGCUUCGUCCUCUGAGUCCAAGGUCUUUUACUUGAAGAUGAAGGGCGACUAUCAUAGGUAUUUGGCUGAGUUUAAGACCGGAGCUGAAAGAAAGGAAGCAGCUGAGAGCACUUUGCUGGCUUACAAGUCAGCUCAGGAUAUAGCAGUGGCUGAGUUGGCCCCAACCCACCCCAUCAGGCUGGGACUUGCACUGAAUUUCUCUGUUUUCUAUUAUGAGAUACUCAACUCCCCAGAUCGUGCUUGCAACCUUGCAAAACAGGCUUUUGAUGAGGCAAUUUCGGAGCUUGAUACAUUAGGUGAGGAAUCAUACAAGGAUAGCACAUUGAUCAUGCAACUCCUCCGGGACAACUUGACUCUCUGGACUUCUGAUAUAGCGGACGAUGGUGGGGAUGAGAUCAAGGAAAGCUCGAAAGGCGAUGGAGGACAGCAGUGAUGAAGCUAAGGUACAGUAGAGUGUAUCAAUGUCAACAUGAAGAUGAACAUGGUGUGGUGAUAUGAUAUGAAGUGGGUUUUGUUGUGUUAGUAUAGAAACGAAAAGUGCUUGCUUGUGUGGGUGGGUGGGUGAGGAGGAGAUGUGAUGUGAUCGGUAGACUUAAUGGAUGGAUUGAGUUAUGCAGAAAGAAACAAAGACUUGUGGUCCGGUCCAAAACCCCCUUCCCCUUCCCCUCAAGUAUUUAUUAUUCUUAUUGUGCUCUGCUCUGCUCUUUAUGUUUAUGUUGCGAAUGAAUGAAUUAAUGUAUUAUUUGACAUUUAUUAUAAUUGCUUCUUUAUUCCA